CACAGUGAUAUUUCCUACUGUCACACUAAAGCAAAAUAUAAAAAUACAUUUCUUAUGUAACUUUUGCUGAGUACUCUUAUAUCGUAGUAAAAUCAUUCUGUGGGUGUUUUAACUGAUUCGUUUAAAUCAAGUGAACUGUUCCUGACACCUUUCUCUUUUCAACUGUCAUUAUGAGUCAGACAGAUAAAGUGAUUUGAAAAAGUGAAGGAACACUGAGGCCAAGCGCCUGCAGAUAAGCCACAUCACAAUUAAGCAGAAAGGACAGGAGCCUCGACCGCGAUGCUGCCAUGCAGACGCUACUUUAUUCACAUGCCCCUUCUGUGCAACUGACGUGUGUAAGCCAAGACAGUACCAUCAAAUAAUGACCCAUAUAGCUGGGCAUAAACUGAGAGCGGUUGAAUAUGGAGAUCAUGUUAUAUACAGCUGUAACAUUGGCUGUGAAAAAAAGGCCAGACAUUUUCACUGCUGCCAGUGUCCCAAGAUUUACAUGAAUAAAGGUGCCAUAAAAAAGCAUCUUUGCAGCGCUCAUCCAAUAGCUACUUGCAAUCCAGAACCACAACCUGUAAGUCACCCACUACAAGAACCUCCUUCACACCAACAACCAGCAUCUCAUCCACCACCAGAACCUCCUUCACACCAACAACCAGCAUCUCAUCCACCACCAGAACCUCCUUCACACCAACAACCAGCAUCUCAUCCACCACCAGAACUUCCUUCACAGCUACGACCAGCAUCUCAACCACAAGAACUUGAUUUGCAACAAGCAGCACCUGAUCGACAAGAAUUAGCAGCUUCUCCAGCGAUUGAGAAAAAGCAAAUCUCUGUUCAGGUUCCACGUAGGCACAUCACAGUUAAGCAGAAAGGGCAAGCACUUCGACCACGAUGCUGCCAUGCAGACGCUACUUUAUUCACAUGCCCCUUCUGUGCAACUGACGUGUGUAAGCCAAGACAGUACCAUCAAAUAAUGACCCAUAUAGCUGGGCAUAAACUGAGAGCGGUUGAAUAUGGAGAUUAUGUUAUAUACAGCUGUAACAUUGGCUGUGGUAAAAAGGCCAGACAUUUUCACUGCUGCAAGUGUCCCAAGACUUACUUCAAGAAAAGUGAGCUAAAAAGGCAUCUUUGCAGCACUCAUCCAAUAGCUCCAGAAGCACCUUCUUUACAGCCACCAGCACCUGGUCCACUGGAAUUACCAGCUCGUCCAGUGAUGGCUAAAAGAAAGCAAAUCUCAGCGCAGUGUCCUCACUGUGGGCUCAGUCUUAAUUCUAAAAAUUUAAAGAAACACAUUGAGCGGAAGCAUCAUGAAGCCUUGCAUACCAUAACUUCAGUUCUACCAGCACAGUGUGUCGAUAACAAGAAUGGAAUAUACGUUGUGUCAGAAUCAUUUUGUGAGCCCUGUACCCCCAUCCAUGUGGUCAAAAAAUUUUGGGGUUCAUCCCACAAGGUUAAGUGUGAAAUGGAUAAUUGCAACAAUCGUGUUGAAGUUGCACAAAGGAGAGGACUUUUGGUUGCGCAGUGUGUACAUCUAAGCUCAGUAGACUACACCUGUGCUAUUGCACCGAGUGAGGAUUUAUCAGAGCAUGUGUUGACUGAGAUGGUGGAGCGGAAAUGGAUUGGAGAUAUACGGAAAAAACGAUGCCUUAAGAUGCAAAAUCAAGCUAAGCUUAAAGGUGCCACAUUUACUAGCCUUGUUACCAUUGGAGGCCCUGACUACAUGUAUUAUAUAUCAAUAUAUAAGCCAAAGGUGUCACAUUACAGUAAACUGGGCAGAGUCUUGGUGGAUUACAAUGCCAAGACAAACACUUGGAACUGCCCUUGUGGCAAACGUGGAAAAUCAUGCCUGCACAAGAGUAUUGCAAAAUGGUGUCUCUAUCAAAUGAAGAAGCAGCUCUUUAAAAAACCUGCUUGAAGCAGAGGAAGAAAAUGAAUCGGCGCAACUUGAGGAUCUAUCUAGCCAACAGUUGUUCCAAAAAUGGGUGCCCAGCGACUGGUUGGGAUAAUGAACUGACACUUCAAAUCUGUGAUUCUACUGAUAU